CAAAGUCCCCCCCGUACUUCGCUGUAUCCACACUUGAGCAAGAUGGCCAAGAAGCCCACCGACGGAGUCGACUACCACGACAAAAUGAUCAUUGCGCAUGCCGUCUUCGCGUGCAUCGCUACCCUCUUCACUGCCCCUGCCGCCAUCCUAAUCGGGCGAUACUUUCGGGGUCGCCCAUGGUGGUUCAAGGCGCACCUCUGGCUCCAGUCAGUCACUGCAUCGUGCAUCAUCAUCGUAUUCGCUGUUGGCAUCGUCGCGGUUCUGUCCGGCGCCUCCCACAUCGUCCAGCUCACCGGCCCUAAAGCGGAUGCGCAUCACGACCUAGGCCUCGCCAUCCUUAUCCUCUUCCUCCUCCAAUACCUCCUCGGAAUCGCCGCGCACUACACCCACUCUGCGGGCCCGGCCGGGGCAGAAAGGCGCCGCGUUUCCCACCCUUUCGACCCCGAAGCACGCCCUCCGCCACCUGCACGUGUUUUGCGGCGUUGCAAUGACAGCGCUGCUCUAUGCUGGUGUUAA